AAGUGGGACAUAUUCUCUUGCAUCUCCGUAUUUCAAAGUGAACUUACAGUCAGAUCGGAGCAUCUCUCCAUACUUGAUCCGACUUUCAGUGCCUUUUCUCGGUGUGACUAGUGACAUUUACCACUUCCAUUCGGGGGGCUUUACCGCUCGGGCAUUGGUGGAAAAAGUCUUCCUGAAGGAAAAUGGCACCAACUCUAUUUGGUAGUUCGGCCACCCUUCUUCUUGAGGCUUCUCAACAUGGAAUUUCUCAGGAAAAAAAAAGUGUGCCAAAGCCAGAGUUAUCUCUAUCAAAAGCCAGAAGUGACGAGAAAAAGUACAAGUGGCACGUAGUUUGGAGAAAUGUUAUUGCUUUUGUUUACAUUCACGGUGCUGCUGUUUACGGACUCUACCUUGUUUUCACCAGUGCCAAGUUCGCCAGUUUCGUUACUGCGAUAGCCAUCGGCGUUCUAUCCGGAGUAGGUAUAACAGCUGGAGCCCACAGACUUUGGGCACACAGAGCUUACAAAGCAAAGUGGCCCAUGCGCAUGAUUUUGAUGAUUCUGCAAACAGUAGCCUUCCAGAACCACAUUUACGAGUGGGUAAGAGACCACAGAGUUCACCAUAAAUUCACGGACACCGACGCUGAUCCUCACAAUGCAGGCAGAGGUUUCUUCUUCUCCCACAUGGGAUGGCUUUUGGUACGAAAGCAUCCUGACGUCGUGAAAAAAGGUGCCACAGUCGAUAUGAGCGACCUCGAGAAGGACCCCAUAAUUCUAUGGCAAAAAAGGUUGUACAUUAUACUCAUGCCCAUCUUUUGCUUCCUGAUUCCCACCUGGAUUCCUUGCUACUUUUUUGGAGAAAAACCGAUUAAUGCCUGGUACCUGACUUUACUGAGGUACGCCCUGACCUUAAAUGGAACUUGGCUGGUUAAUUCCGCUGCUCACAUUUGGGGAAAUAAGCCUUUCGACAAAACAAUCAGUCCAACUGACAGCCUGGCAGUCGGAAUUGGAGCCUUCGGAGAAGGAUGGCACAAUUAUCAUCACGUCUUCCCCUGGGAUUACAAAGCAGCUGAACUAGGAAAUUACAAAGGCAACAUUACCACAGCUUUCAUUGACAUGUUCGCGUGGAUGGGCCAGGCCUAUGAUCUUAAAACUGUAUCUGUAGCGAUGGUAAACAAAAGAGCUGCCAGAACCGGUGACGGUUCCCGAGAACCAAGACCUGAAAAGCCUGACCAGGAGGAAGAUUACGAAGGUCAUCAUCACCAUCAUCACCAUCACCAUCACGAUCAUUCACACGAAAAUGUCGUUUGGGGUUGGGAUGAUAAGGACAUGGCCGAAGAAGACAUGCAAGAUGCUGAAAUUUAUAACAAAGGCGAUUAAAUCGCCAACAACUUUGGAUGCUAAAUGAGUGAUUUUAUUUAUUUUACAUGACUAGUGAGAAAAAGAAAAACUACUUGUAUAUAUUCGCGAAGUAAUGAGGAGGAAGCAGUAUCGUAUCGACGAUCAAGGAAUCAACGAUUUUUUCAAGGAUAUUUUCAUCGCACUCGACAAAAAUGUUUGAAUUUUGAAUUUAUUGUAUUAAAUUGGAAUAUUAUGUAUA